AUGAAAAAGGCAAAAGGCGAACACACGAGUUCCGACUCAGUGGACAGGAUAUCCGAGUUGCCGAAAGACAUCCUACACAGAAUUAUGUAUUUCCUCACACAAGAAGAGGCUGUCCGAACAUCCGUCUUGUCGAAACCCUGGCGUUACAUUUGGUGCACUCGUCCCGUUCUUAGUUUCUCGGACGCCGCCUUCAAAGGUAACGACGACGAAUUUAUACGCCUUAUCGACGCGAGUUUGGAACGAUACUACGAUCAAAAGUUGUGCGUGGAUGAAUUCCAUCUCUGUAUAUCGAAAGGCUAUUUGAAUUACCAAUCUUAUUACAUUCUCGAAAAAUGGAUUCGAACGCUAGUAUUUUUAGGGAUGAAGAAGUUUCGUCUUUCUAAUUGUGUGGAGGAUGGUGUUAUCCACUAUCUGCCUCCCGUAGUCUUUGAAGCCCGAUCGCUCGAGGAUUUGCAUGUGGAAAUACGCACGUCGUCGGACGACGACGAAAAGGAAUACGAAAGGAUAGUAUUCUCUAAGCAUCUGAAAAAACUUCAUGUCAAAAAAGUCAACACCGAGGACGGAGUUUUUCACAAGGCGAUCUCGAGUUUUCCUUUUGUGGAUAUUGAAACUAUGUCCCUCGAUUCGUGCAAAGGGUUACGAAACGUUAAGAUUACGAAUCUCCGUAACCUCAAGAACUUUUCUUUUGUUACGAAACCCUCGGAGGGUGAUUGUAGCAUCGAGAUCCAUCCGCCGUCUCUCGAAACUGUCAAAAUUACGCACGGUAACCUUCGGUUCGACAGAGGAGCAGAUUUCCGUAAUCUCAAUGAAUUGUAUCUAUUCCGUGUGACAUCGAAAUUGGACCACUUGUCCUCGUGUAAAUUCCCGAGCCUGAAAGAGUUGACUAUGUACUAUUGUUACGAACUGAAAGAAAUCAAGCUAUUUAUCGACGCCCCAAACAUAGUCCAUUUUAGAUACCUAGGAGACUUUAUCCCGUCCGUCUCGUUCGCGACAACUAGUUCUAGAGAGUGGUGUUCGAUGAUACAUCUGUGUUCGAAUAGUGGCGCUUCGUCUUUGUGGUUCCGAAAGCUAAGAGAAUUGCUCGAGUCGUUGAGCGAAUCCAAAAUUGUUUUGGUUAUUUUUGAAAAUUCCACGAACAACGAGGGCGUAAUUCAAAACAUUGUCGGUUGUGAAAAACCCGUUGUGGUGGAGAGGUUGGGGUUCCGGUUUUAUUCAUCGUCCACUUUUUCGUCUCUUUUAAAUGGCGCGUUUAGUAUCUGCCGUCCAAAAAACGUAGGUCCGUUCCACCUCAGAAUUCAUAUUAAUGUUAUCAAGUGUGUGGAGAAUAUUCUAAUGAAGAGGGAAAGCGGAAACCAAUUAGAUCAAUUUUCGGAGCUGUUGUUUCGAGAUUUGGAGGAAGUGGGCUUGGAGAUUUAUGACAAGAAUCGGAAAGAAUGGAACCCGACAAGUCUGUCCGAAUUGCCAAACUAUGAAGAAGCGGAAUAUAAUCUUAUUCGCUUUGCAUUGAAAUGGAGAUAA